GGGGUCACGUGAGCGGUGCGCGAGUGUGCGCACCGCGCAGUCAGCAGGACGGAGAUCGGUGGAUCGGUCGGUGCUCGCAGCUCUCGAGUGUGUGGUGCAGCUCCAUGGACGGGUGCUUGUCGUCUCGGCAACACGGAUCGUUGUCUACCAGCCGCUGAUCGCUGCCCCCGACCGAGAUGCGGGCCGCCGAGGGGCCGAGCAGCGCGUGAACGGGCCCUGGACACGGCGCCCCGCAACCCCCACCCCCAGGAUGUGAAUUGGGGACCGCGAGAGCGAGCGACGGGACGAUUCGUUCGGCGCUGACGGAGGGCGCUGACAGAUUGGCAGCAUUAUGGGCGCUGGCCUGAGCAAGACGCCGGCCGCGUUCCUCGAUUCGCUGCCCGUCUCCUCGCAUGGCACCGUCCACAUCGUCAUGCUGGGCCUCGACUCGGCCGGCAAGACCACCGCCCUCUACCGCCUUAAGUUCGAGCAGUACAUCAACACGGUGCCCACCAUUGGAUUCAAUUGCGAAAAGGUGAAAGGCACAUUGGGUCGGGCACGCGGGGUGACAUUCCUGGUGUGGGACGUCGGCGGGCAGGAGAAGCUGCGGCCGCUGUGGCGCAGCUACACGCGUUGCACGGACGGCAUCGUGUUCGUGGUGGACAGCGUGGACGCGGAGCGGAUGGAGGAGGCGCGCAUGGAACUGCUGCGCACUGCCAAGGCGCCAGAGAACGCCGGCGUGCCCAUCCUGGUGUUCGCCAACAAGCAGGACCUGCCGGGCGCGCGCGACCCCAAGGAGGUGGAGAAGCUGCUCGGGCUGCUCGAGUCGCCGUCGCAGGGCCCGUCGGGGGCGCCGAUUGCGGCGCCCCUCUACCACGUGCAGCCCGCGUGCGCCAUCACCGGCGAUGGCCUCCACGAGGGCAUGGAGCACCUCUACGAGAUGGUGCUCAAGAAGCGCAAGGCCUCCAAGCAGAGCAGGAAGAACAAGGCCAAGUGAGCAGACUUUUCUUUGUGCCCUCGAUGUGAUGGAUCGUUGUCGCCGCGCUGUGAUAAAAAUAUUGUUCGGACGGAUCGCCUCAUUUUUGCCGAAAGGGAUUUGUCAGAAAUGGGUGAUUUGGAAUUUUCCCCAAGGAUCUGGGAUUUGCACGAACGACUGGAAUUUGUCCAAAAUUUUUGGUCAUAUUUAGGAGGUGCAAAAGGAUUAUUUUUUUCUCUGGUCGCUAUGACAUUCAAGCCAUUAAAUGAGCACGAAUCGUGAGUUUUAAGCAUUUUGACGCAAACGAACAUUUCUGCAAAAAGUUAAAUCGAUAAUUUAAUUAGGGUUCUAGCUGAAAAUCUGAGAGAAAGUCAUUUUUCGUUUUUCCCGUGCUUUGCAACACGUCCCACGCUUCCUCUUUCUUAAAUUUACGACCCAACACGCUCAAAUUUAAAAUAAUUUCCGAGUAACACCUUACUCCAGUGGGUGCUAUUCACAGAAAAUCUGAUGGACGGUGGUUUCGACAACAAACACUGCGAGAUUUUCAACAAAUUCUAUUAUUUUUCCUAUGGUCAAAAUUGAUUUUCUAUCGUUUUAGGUGGGAAAUAAACAAGCCGAUAUUCAUUGAUGGUUCGAUCUUGGCUAAACACAACUUUGAACGAUUUUAGAAACCGAUUAUUCUACUCAAAACAUAUGUUAAUUUAUUUUUAAGAUUUUGAAUAGGGGAAAUUAAAUAUUUGAGAUUUGAAUUAAAAUUAUUUUAUGCUAAAAAAGUUAAUUAUUGAAAUAAUUGAAUAAAUUUGAAGUAAAAAUCAAUCCCAAUAGUCUUGACUUUCUAAGUUUGCAUCUUUAAAAAUUCAGUCUUAAUAUAUGAUACUUAAAUGGAAACUCAUCCAGAUCCUCCAGACGUAUAUUAAAUCACCUGUUUAUCACAAAUUUCAUUCAGUCAAAGUGCACGUCCCCGUACGACGCGGACCACGGCCACUCUUUGCAAGUUCAUUUCCUUCAGUUUUGACGGCUUGUAGGAUGAUUUUUUAUUAUUUAAAAAAAAGAAUGAUUCGCUCUCCUCAAGCCGGUUGUCAGAUGCCUUCACCGAAUUAUAGUUUCAAAGUAAUUCUCAAAGAGAGGCAAAAAGGCGGCAGCAGGAUUUGGUUGUUUCGAUCUUGGUCCGUGUGUACAUCGCAUUUGCAGGCAAGUGCUGCGCAGGUUGUAGCAGAGGAAAGACACAUGCCAAUACCGAAAGACUUCUUUUGUAUCGACGAUCGAAGCGAGGACAGCCGCACGCAGAUAUUAAAUAGUGAUUAAGCCGCGUUUAGAACGGAUUUUCGCAACGUAGCCGCGAGAGACUUAUCGCCUCUCUUGAUAGCACAGCAUUCCCACCAAGCAGAAAUAAAAUAGAUCUGAUUAUAUCUCAAACAAUAGAUGUGUGAAUCUCCGUAUAUAAGAUGUAGCGAGUUGGAAGCUCUGCACAAUACAUUACAUUGUAUAACUCCUCUCGUCCUCCAAUCGCAGCCUUUUGCAACUUAUCUCUCCUCCACACAUUUGCGCGGACUUUCGACCUGGAACCCACCUCAUACUUUUUGUUGGUCUUCUUUUUUGUUACGCGCGAGCCAGAUUUUAUUUUAUUGACACGCUUAACUUAUUUUUGUAAUAUUGUCGUGUAAAUUAUAAAUAUUGUAUGAUGUACAUUACUUUGACGCUAUUCAACUUGUAUCAUUGAAGAUAAUAAAAAUUCUUUUAUAUGUUUA